AGCGUGAACGCACAUUUGGUGGCAUGGCAUAAGGGAAUGUACUGUCUUGAUGGUGUUCAAGCCGGCGUUGUCGACUUCAACUCGGCUGCCGCUGUUACUCCUCUUUAUCAACUCACCAAGAGUGACUGGUGGUUCCACCAUAUCAACGGCUGCGACAAUUUCCCCCCAGCGGAUGGGGAUUACAUCGACCUCCCAGCUGGUGGUUCGUUUCCCGUCGAAAUCGCCUCCAACCGCGCCAAAACAUCACUUUCCUACAACGGAAGUGAAACCUCUGAUUGGCCCGACGGCAACACCUAUCCCGAAGACUAUGUAAGUAAUAUCGGUCAAUACAUAUGCUUAUUUUGUCUUAUAGUGCACACGCAAAACCAAUCAAUGGCAGCUGGCACCGUGUUCGCCAUUUCAUACACUUCCGACAUCCACCAAGUAACCGCUGAAAAUUUGGUCGUCUUUUCUGUGCGAUACAACACUCCAUGGAAGCGCAUUACAUCGUAUGACGUACCUGAUGCUAUGCCCGCCUGUCCGGCUGGUGGAUGUAUUUGUGCUUGGGGUUGGGUUCCGAAUGGCUGCGGCCAACCAAACAUCUAUCACAUGCCCUACAAAUGUCGUGUGACUGGCGCCACCUCCACCACCCCACUUGCAGCCGCAAAGCCACCUGUAUGGUGCGAAGGCAACCAGACUGCGUGCACAGAAGGCGCGAAACAGAUGGUCUAUUGGAACCAAAACGAUGGUAAUAAUAUUGAAGUUGAUGGUUAUGAUUUGGAGGGUAGCCAUAAGAGUCCCACGUACAAUAUGAAGCUUGGGUUUCAGGAUGGAGCGCAGAACGACAUUUUUGUU